GCUCAAUCCACUUCCGGUUUACUUUUGCCAAAAUAAAACUCCGAAUUUACUGUUGUAACCAUAGAUAUGUAAAGGCAACAUUGAAGUGACGGGCCCAAAGAGCCCAAACCAUGCCACAGCGUAGUGUCAUGAAUUGUGUUAAGUAACUUGAAAGAAGUGUAUCUGAAAUGUCACUACGAAUUACCCAGACUAGAACCUAAUGCUGUUUAACCAAGCAAAAGGACUGUGUCAUUUUAGAAAGCCUGGAUAAUGAUCUUAUGCGCACAACAUAUCGGUUUGUUGGGAAAAGACCGUUCAGACCUCACAUCCCCAGGACAUUUGCACAGUAGUUUCUCACCAUGGAAAUAUAUGAACUUAAAUAUCUUGUCUGUUUAUAUUGUUCAUUUUUGCUUAUGUGUUUAUCUUAUUUUUAUUCGUAUAGUGCACCAACCACCAAGAAAAACUACUGUAUGUGUAACAUACGUGGAAAUAAAUGGCUUCUGGUUGUGAAAUCUUGACGAACCAUGUUACCAAUUGAUGGAAAUGAAGGGGAGGAAACAGUGUGUCAUGCGGUUUUCAUGCCCAUGGCUUACCACUGAAACAGAAAAUAAAGACAUGUACAGCACUGUUCACCACAAUCAGAGGAGCUGCUCAACCAAUGUGCACCUGCAAAACUAAGCUUGCAUCUCAUGUUUUUGAAACAUACAGUGCCGCUUUCUUCAACUGGAGAUCAGACAACAGCUUCAAGGAAAACAACUUGUAAGAAGCGUUUAUGAGAAUCGACCGACGCUCACUGGCUUUCAUCUGAACAAACCCUCACACUGCAAAGAUGAAUGUGACAGGUGGCGACUGCAGUCCCCCCUCAGUAGAGUACCAGUGCUACUUCUUCCCAACGGUCUACAUCCUCGCUUUAGUAGUAGGUCUACCAGGAAAUCUGAUCGCCCUUUUUGUCUUCACCUGCAAGAUCACUUCCCGCACGGCCUUCAGUGUUUACAUCAGCAAUCUGGCGGUGGCAGACAUUCUCAUCCUGUGCACGUUGCCUUUAAGGAUCCACUACCACCUCAACAGUAACAACUGGGUGUUCGGGGAUGUCGCCUGCCACGUCACCGGCACCCUGUUCUUCGCCAACAUCUACUUGAGCAUCUUCUUCAUGACUUGUAUCUGCGUGGACCGCUACAUGGCCACAGUACACCCGCACAGCCAUUUGAAAAUGCGGAGCCACCGCAGCUCCCUGGUCGUGAGCGUUGUGCUCUGGUGCGUGAUGGCGGUGGCCAUGCUGGUCUUCGUCCUCAUGGGGCCCCUGAACACCAACGCGCACACAUCUGGAGGCCACAGCUGCUUCGAGAAUUUCGCCAAGGAGGAGUGGGACAGGCGCCUGCUGGGGUACAGCCUGCUGGGCCUGAUCUUGGGCUCCCUGGUGCCAUCCGUCAUCAUCCUGGUGUGCUACCCGCUGGCGGCGAAGCGCAUCUCCAGGAUAAGGACUAAAACCGCCCAAAAGGCCGUGAAGGUCAUUUACACCAUCCUGGCCAUAACGCUGCUCUGCUUCCUGCCAAACCACGUGGCGUACCUGCUGCACUUCCUGCGACGGAUGGGGGUCAUCCAGAGCUGCUUUUUGGUCAACGCCAUCUACCACGCCAGGCGGGUCACCAUGGCGCUCGUCACCUUAAACACGUGCCUGGACCCCGUGCUUUACUACCUCACUACCACCCACUGCAAAUGGAAGCAGUUGAAGAUGGCGUGGCCCUGGGGGAGAGUCCGGAGAAGUAGGGGGGUAUACACCAUCGCAAUGAGCUGAACGGUAACGGUGUAUGGUAACAGUGUAUGGUAACAGUGUAUGCAUACUGUGCCCAUCACCUUAUACGAGUCAUUGAUUAUGAACGUUAAAAAAAAAAAACGUGUUUAUUGAAACUGACUUGUACAACAAAAUUAAGUGACAAAUCAGCAUCUUAUUUUUCUUACUCUUGUGCAAUUCAGUUAACGAGUCCAUGAAAGAGUACCCUACUAAGAAGAAUGGGUCAAUUACAAUCAGUAUUCCAAGGCAACCGGUUUAAGGUUUACAACUACAAAAUAUGGAAUCCUCUGCAUUUGGAAGGAGUUUUGAGCCUCCGCAAAUCCGGGCUUAAAGUGAGAUAUGGAGUGAGAGUACAUGAGUUAAUUUUAGUGUGAAAUUUCCUUCAAAUGUUCUUGUUUUGGAAACAAAAGAUAUUUCAGCAGAGUCCGGAUGGGAGCCCCUUUUUCAGCAGAGUUGAAAGAAAGCUGCCCAGGUCCUCGUCCUGAGAAAGAAAACCAGAAUAUUAAUUCAAUAGAUGCAGGAUUUUCAUCUUAACACAUUAAAAGAAUAAAAAGAUACUUGGAAAUGGGUAUCAGCAGUGAGAUAAAUCAAAAGAGGACCGAAAAAGCAGAUGUUGAGAAAACUCAUUGGGAUCCCCAAAUGUUCCUUUACACGUUGACAACUUCAAAUGAAAUCCCUUAUUUUUGCAUACAAAAAGAACGUGUCUGAAAUUCCACCAAAAUGCAAGCAUGAACAAAAUAUGGUUCCAUUGUAAUUUAAUAAACAGAUUAUAUUUCUGAUUUUAAUUAAUUGUUUUGUAUAGAAAAUACUGUAAGCCUGAAAAAUGUCUAAAGCCCAAGGAGACAUCUUCUGCUGUUUGUCUGAUAAAACUUCAAAAGAUAUUUAAUUUACAAUGAAAUAAAAUAUAUCAGGGUUUUCCAGAAGAACAUUUUUUCACAUAUAGGUUGGUUGACUUUUUUAAGUCUUUUAAAGUAUUUUUUUUUAAUUCGCAUCGCUACUAUAACUGUGGUACUUUUUUGUAUGUUUAUUACUCUGUAUGUUACAAAUAAACAUUGAAUACUUGAUUGGUUAUCAGAUUA